AUGUCUAUUAUGGAAUAUAACGGCGCCGCCAUCAUAGCGAUGGUUGGCAAAGAUUGCGUGGCCAUUGCGGCAGAUCGUCGUUUGGGAAUCCAAGCACAGACAUUGUCUUGCGAUUUUCAGAAAGUUUUCCAGAUGGGAGAUAAGCUGUUUCUUGGUCUUCCUGGCUUGGCUACCGACGUUCAGACCGUAUCUAACCGUCUAUCGUUUCGGAAGAACUUAUACGAACUACGGGAGAACCGCCAGAUCAAGCCUAAAACCUUCAUGAGCAUGGUAUCCAACUUGCUCUACGAAAGGAGAUUCGGUCCGUAUUUCGUGGAACCUGUAAUCGCUGGAUUAGACCCGAAGACUAACGAGCCUUACAUCGCUGCGUUGGAUCUGAUCGGAUGCCCCAUGGAGACGAAGGAUUUCGUGGUAAGCGGAACCUGCUCAGAGCAGAUGUAUGGAAUGUGUGAAUCACUUUGGGAGCCGGACUUGGAACCGGACGAUCUGUUUGAAACCAUCUCCCAAGCGCUCAUGAAUGCCGUGGAUCGAGAUGCCGUGAGUGGCUGGGGUGGAAUUGUACACGUGAUUGAAAAGGAUAAAGUCACAACACGGACUCUGAAAGCUAGGAUGGAUUAA